GGUAUUAGCUUAUCUCCACUUAUAUCAUUGGUCACACGCGUAUAAACGGCGGCACCGCCGCGCGCACAUGGUCCACACGUUGAGGCAGCCCGGUCCCAUAGCCCGUAGUGUCAGUGCACACACAUAUUACAUGUUAUACACUCACCUCUGCUCACUGCCCAUCGCAGCCUUGUUCUCGCCCCAGACUUGCUGACGUAAUCAGAUGGGAGUUGUUCCAAAAUUGUUUGCUUUCAGGCGCCAUUUUGGUACACCCUGACCCUUCUUCAAGGAUCCCCAAAAUGUAACCUCUUGUCGUAAUACAGGAGGAAUUCGGGGUCUACAUCUAGAAUCUAUAAGAGGCGGCCGUGGUGGGGGUUGAUUUUUAUGGCAUCUAACAAUGCCUGCAUGUGCUGCCAUCAAUUGCACAAGCCGACAGACGCGCGGAUGUGGAAAGUCGUUUCACCGGUUCCCACAUGGACGACCAGAAAUUUUGAAGAUAUGGAUAACAAAUAUGCGUCGUGAUACCUUUAAACCAUCUUCUAAAGCAGUUCUGUGCUCUGACCAUUUUGAGGAAUGCUGCUUCGACAGGACAGGUCAAACCAUUAGACUGAGAGUAGACGCUGUGCCAACUGUGUUUGCUUUCCCAGGAAAAACAAGAAAGGAUCGAAAAUCGCACAUCUGUGCCCCAGUGUUUGCACAUGUUGAGGAGAAGUUUUCCAUUCCACCCCCUUCACUUCCAGAGAAGAUCCCUACUCCAGAGUCAGCUGACAAACGUGUGACAGUGGAACAUGACUAUUGUAUUACAGACAGUCCCAAGGCUCUAAAAAAGAGGCUCGAUGAAGCUUUAAACAGCCUUCACAAUGUGAAGAGGAGGCUGAAGAUCACCCAGCAGAAGUUCAGGAGGCUGAAAUUCAAGGUUCAGUCACUUGACUUAACUGAAGAUCCUGUGUAAACACAAUACCCUUUUUCUUUGCGAAGUGUAAAAGUGCUUUGAUACUCUGCUUCUACUGUAUCUAUAUGUAUUUGUUGAAAAACACUCCUUAGUAAGACUUAUGUAUAUACAGAAUUUUAUACUUUUUAUUCAUUUACUUUUUGUGUGAUGGAUCAAACUGUCAAACUUCUUGAAGGAAAAUAACAGCUAAAUAAAAACAAAUGGUGUAUAGUGUUUGUCUACAUUUAAAAUGGUAUUACCAUCUUGUUAAGUGGGCUCUCCAGCCUACUGCAGUGGUUGGGAACCUGGAAAUAGCAGAGCCAGCUAUUUUAUGCAACUCCCAUUAACUUAAAUGGGAGUUACACAUGUUAGAUAAAAAAAAGCUGGCGCUACCGUUUUUAACUUCCCAAUCAAUUUCUAGCAGCUACAAGUAGGCCGUAGUGGGCUGUGUAGAACACCUUACAAGCUGGGAAUACCCUUUCAAUAAUGACACUUUGCUAUUAUGUUGAAUAUAAGAAUCGUGCUUUCCGUCUUGGCUGAGAGAUAUUGCAUCAUCAACCUACUUUGUCAUAUUGGGCAGAAAAUAUUUUAUAGAAUAUUUAAUAUAAAGGCAUCUUAAACUCAUUUUGUGCGGUGAGACUAUUUCUGAUAUAAGCAAUAAUGUAACUGUUAAAGAAAUUAAAUGGCAUUAUUGAAAUUGAAAAGGAAACCGAAUGAUGUAAACAAGCCUGACAGACUGGAGAAAAAAAAAGUUGAAGGUUUAGAAAAAAUGAAUAUGAAAUUAAUGUAGCCAUAAAAGAGUAAGGACACUUAAAAGACUGUUGCUUCAGUUUUCAGAUAAGAUUCAUGGAAGAAAUAGAGAAAAUGGUUGUGAAGGUGGACAUGGGCUUUGAAGCUGGAUUUUGUUAAUAUAUAUAUAUAUAUAUAUAUAUAUAUAUAUAUAUAUAUAUUUUUUUUUUAUCUGAUGGUCUUUGUCCUCUUUUAAUCUGCAUAAUUGAAGUACAAUCCAUUUGUUGUACAAUGAAUACAUCACCUUUUAUAACAUCUCUAUAUGCCUACCACAGUGAGACCAAUCUACAUUCACAGUGUAUAAUUGUUAAUAUAUUUGUAUUUUUUGUUUCUAUCUCUCCUGAUUUCCUUGGGGACAAAAUGUGAUUUACAAUGUUAGAAUUUAAAGCAGUUCUAUUAGGCUAAGUUUCUACUUGUUUUUUUGU